AUGUCUGUCACCAAAAUCCACGCCCGUUACGUCUACGACUCCAGAGGAAACCCAACCGUCGAGGUUGACUUGUUCACCGACAAGGGUAGAUUCAGAUCUAUCGUUCCUUCCGGUGCCUCCACUGGUGUCCACGAGGCUUUGGAAUUGAGAGACGGCGACAAGUCCAAGUGGCUCGGAAAGGGUGUCUUGAAGGCCGUUGCCAACGUCAACGAGAAGAUUGCCCCUGCCUUCAUUGAGGCCAAGCUCGACAUCACCAACCAGGCCAAGGUCGACGAGUUCUUGAACUCCUUGGACGGCACCCCAAACAAGUCCAAGUUGGGCGCCAACGCCAUCUUGGGUGUCUCUUUGGCUGCCUCCAAGGCCGCUGCCGCUGAGAAGGGCGUUCCUUUGUACCAGCACUUGGCGGACAUCUCCGGCUCCAAGCAAGACAAGUUCGUGUUGCCAGUUCCUUUCCAGAACGUCGUCAACGGUGGCUCGCACGCCGGCGGUGCUUUGGCUUUCCAGGAGUUCAUGAUUGUGCCAACUGGCGCUCCCUCUUUCGCCGAGGCCUUGAGAAUCGGCUCUGAGGUCUACCACAACUUGAAGUCCUUGACCAAGAAGAAGUACGGCCAGUCCGCCGGUAACGUCGGUGACGAGGGUGGUGUUGCCCCAGACAUCGGCUCCCCAAGAGAGGCUUUGGACUUGAUUGUCGCUGCCAUUGAGGCUGCUGGUUACACCGGCCAAGUCGGCAUUGCCUUGGACGUUGCCGCCUCGGAGUUCUACAAGGACGGCAAGUACGACUUGGACUUCAAGAACCCAGACUCGGACGCCUCCAAGUGGUUGUCUGGUGAGCAAUUGGCUUCUUUGUACGAGGAAUUGAUCAACGAGUACCCAAUUGUCUCCAUUGAGGACCCAUUCGGCGAGGACGACUGGGAGUCGUGGGUGCUUUUCUUCGCCAAGGUGUCUGAGAAGAUCCAGAUUGUUGGCGAUGACUUGACCGUCACCAACCCAUUGAGAAUCAAGACCGCCAUCGAGAAGAAGGCCGCCAACGCCUUGUUGUUGAAGGUCAACCAGAUUGGCUCUUUGUCCGAGUCCAUCAAUGCUGCCAACGACUCCUACGCCGCUGGCUGGGGUGUCAUGGUGUCGCACAGAUCCGGUGAGACCGAGGACACCUUCAUUGCUGACUUGGCCGUCGGCUUGAGAUCCGGCCAAAUCAAGACCGGUGCCCCCGCCAGAUCCGAGAGAUUGGCCAAGCUCAACGAGAUUUUGAGAAUCGAGGAGGAGUUGGGUGACAAGGCUGUCUAUGCCGGUAAGGACUUCAGAAUCGCCUCCACUUUGUAA